GUGGAUAAAUCAUGAAUCACCAGUGAGGGCCUUACAUUGAAGCCUACUAUAAGAAAAGAUUUAACUGCUUAACUCCUCUGUCGGUCAUGAUUUAUUUUCAAAAAGGAAAAAGAAACUGAUUUAACACGUUAAAUUGUUUGUUGUAACGUAGCAAUACUAGUAUCUUAAUUCUGUGUCUUUUUUUGAGGACAAUCGGCCACAACAACUAGCUUCGGUUGAACUUUUUACUGUUUAGUGUGGAUGAUGGCGAACAACGGAGUCCACCAGGCCGAAGAGGACCCAGCCGCAGCUUUCCUCGCCCAACAGGAGAGUGAGAUAGCGGGGAUUGAGAACGAUGGCGAGGGGUUUGGAGCGCUGGAAGGAGCGGACAGUCCGGAGCUUUUUCACCCGCAAACGGUUAACUAUGAAGACGAGUCUGCCACGGUGAACGGAGAUUUGUUUGAGGAGUCUAAUGGGCCAACAGAUGGCUACGCAGCCAUCGCCCAGGUGGAUAUUCAGAGGCAAGAACCUGAAAGUUUACGCAAGUGGAGGGAGGAGCAGAAAACACGCCUUGAAGCAUUAGACUCGGCUUCCAAGGCCGCAGAGGCAGAGUGGAGGGAGAAAGCCAAGAAGGAACUGGAGGACUGGCAUGUGCACCAGAAUGAGGCGAUGGAGAAGAACAAGGCCAACAACAGAGCGUCCGAGGAGGCCUUCCUGGCAGAGAGCGAUGGCGACGGCACCGGGACUGGAACCGACUGGGAACGAGUAGCUCGCCUCUGUGACUUCAACCCAAAAACCAGCAAGCAGGCGAAGGAUGUUUCUCGAAUGCGCUCGGUCCUCAUCUCUCUAAAACAGACGCCUCUAGUUCGCUAGACAGUGUGCUUUGAAGGAGUCUCCAUUGCCUUUUUCAGUUUUAACACGUUGCAUCAGAUUCAUGCCACUUGUUUCUGUGGAGUUCCUGGUAUGUAGAACCUUAAAAAAAACUCUUCUUGCCUUUUAUUGAUGCCGAUAUUAAAAUAAUGUACUUAAUCUGACGCUCCUGUGAGAAGAUGGACUGGUUUCCUGUUACGUCCUUUAGCUGGUCAUACUGAAGAAAAUGUUACUGUAAGUUAAACGUUUUACUUUUUCAUUUAACUAAUUUUAAGUUAGCACUAAUGUAUGCCAACAUUUUGAAUUGCCAAGUUCAUCUCUGUUUUAUUUAGAUCCAGCACUACCUGUAGAUUGUGUCUGUGCCUCUGGGCGUUCACUUUCGCUGCACGAUUUCACUAAUUCACAAACUUCAGGUAGCAAACGUGUUUUUUUUAUUUGUUUGUUUUUUCCAUAAAGCUAAGCUUGUGGCCUUUCUGAUUUGGCUUUUACUUCACUUUGAGUAGCGAGCCAGAUGUUUUUUAACUCUUCAAUUGGGCAAAAUCAAAAACAAACUUGCAACCAAAGACUUCCAUCAUCAGAAUUUGAAAUCGGAAUUUACAUUUUUCACUUGUUUUUCCCGCAGCAACAUGUUUGUGCACCUUUUUGUUACAUCAACACAUUUUAGAAAAGUUUUUAAACGGACUCCAGUGUCAGCGGUAACGUCCGCACAUCGUUCACGUGUUGCCUUUGGACAUGAAGACGAAAACACUGAAUGUUAUAAAGGAGCUGGAAAAUUGAAAUUGGUGAAGUUUGAUCCCAUCUAAUUUAUUCGUAAUAUUUCCUCUUGCUGAGCUUGUUGCCAUUUAAUAAAAUUGCUGAAAUUAAUCAUUUGAA